UUCUACUUGUUUGCAGUCACUACAAAGUUGCACGGGUUAAAUAUAACCCCUCCCUUUUGCAAAUGGUAGAUCCAUAUUGUUUGCGGAAGAGUCCGAUUCAGCAUGGCAGGCAAGGAGCCGCUGCUAGGAACACUGAAAGCCUGUGUCCUGGCUCUGCAGGCAGCUGGCUCAGACCCAAUCACAGAUGACUGUCCACAUGUGACCCCUCUUUGCGACGUAGUGGAGAUGAUUCUUCGCAAAGGACUGAAGAGUGCAGUGCUAGGAUUAAAAAAACGUGACUUCUGGGACUGGAUUGAGGAACUGCCCAUGCAUGAUACCUGCGGCAGGGUUUCACAUUUGUCAGUCAUGGUAGAGAAGACCAGAGCCUGCCCCAAAGUAAUAAAUACUCAAGGACGGGGGCGGUACUUCCUGCGCAUGGCUCUUAACAGGAAGUCACUGGCAUUGGCGAUCCAGCAUCUGCUACACACUCCAAAACUACUGGAGUGGUACGAUCCGCUGCUGUCUGUCCUGAGAAAUGAGGAGCAUUUUGAGCCUUUCCUUUCCAUCUUGCUGGUGAUCUCUCAGAGCGAUUUCUUAUUGGAUCUGCAGAACUCUAGCUUCCUAGACGAGAGCUGGCUCCUGCCGGUGUGUGCUGUGUAUCAGACUGUACCAUGCCGGGAACUGGGAAUGGUUCUUAGGUACGUGGAGGGACGAGUAUUUGUGGUAGAAAUCCUGCCGGGCAGUCAGGCAGAGAUAGAUGAGAUGGUGCUGGCUGGAGAUGUGAUCGAUGAGAUAAAUGGAGUAUCGCUAAGGAAUGCACUAAACGGACAGGCUGGAACUGUGUUGAACAAAUUGAAGGGCGAGCCUCUGGUCUUCCACUUAAUCCGUUGGCGCUGUAAGAACGGGGAAGUGUUUCGUCCCCUGUUGACCUACCUCAGGGAAGUAAAGGAGAAGGUACCCAACUUCCAGCUCCAGCAAAAACCAAGAAGCCAGGAGAAAGCACAGGACAGACCCCAACAGGAUGGCAGAAUCAUGUACCCUGUAAAUUACUUAGGACAGGCAGGCGUUGGGCAGUAUGGAGGCAAAGAAGUCUUAGAAAUUGGAAUCACAAGGGUGCGAGAGCUGAAUUGCAUCCCAAGGGACAGCUUGUUUGAUGUCAAAGAGACAGAAGUGAUAGUACAGGAUAAAGUGACAUCAGAGGUGAUGUUUAAGUACUCAUACCCUGACGUUUCCAGUGUAGGACGCCGGGUAGACAAUAGAAAGGUCUUUGCCAUCUGUGUUGUUAACCAAGCAGAGCACCCAGGUGACUCAUCAUUCAACUGCUUGGUGUUUGAAGCAUCCAGCCCAACAGAAUGUGAGGAGAUUAUAAAAAGAAUAGCUACUGGCUUUAAGCACACAGAAUGGUUUGUGUGAAGACAUCUGAUAAAGUCAGACAGGAUAUUGCACUAUAUUGAUCAAGCCACAAUAUUUAGAGCUUCCAGGAGGGGGUUUAGAGCUGUGAUUUCUUAUUUGGGUGUAAAUAAGGAAGAGGUUAUUUUUAUACAGAGAUUGAUUCACUUUUUAUUAAAAAAAAUAAAAUCUGUUAUAA